GUACGUACCAGCCUCCCGGCGGGGUUGCCGUGGAGACAGAGCGUGCUGUGUGGAUGCGGCGAAACGCUGAGGAGCGGCCUUUGCUAUCUGGAGGGGACUCACAAGACCGACGUCAAGAUGAUGCUUUCAAGGGCCAAACCUGCUGUAGGCAGAGGCGUACAGCACACUGACAAAAGAAAGAAGAAAGAUAGGAAGAUUCCAAAACUAGAGGAGCUACUUUCAAAAAGAGAUUUCACUGGAGCUAUUACCCUGUUGGAGUUCAAACGUCAUGUUGGGGAAGAAGAAGAGGAUACUAAUUUGUGGAUUGGAUAUUGUGCCUUUCAUCUGGGUGACUACAAGAGAGCUCUGGAGGAAUACGAAAAUGCUACGAAAGAGGAAAAUUGUAAUUCUGAAGUCUGGGUGAACCUAGCUUGCACCUACUUCUUUCUUGGGAUGUAUAAACAAGCUGAAGCAGCUGGAUUUAAAGCUUCAAAAAGCCGACUCCAAAACCGCCUCCUCUUCCACUUGGCUCACAAGUUUAAUGAUGAGAAAAAAUUGAUGAGCUUUCAUCAAAAUCUUCAGGAUGUCACAGAAGAUCAACUCAGUUUGGCCUCAAUCCACUAUAUGCGAUCUCACUACCAAGAAGCUAUAGAUAUAUAUAAGCGAAUACUGCUAGAUAACAGGGAAUACCUUGCCCUCAAUGUUUAUGUAGCCCUUUGCUACUACAAGUUGGAUUACUAUGAUGUGUCUCAAGAAGUUUUGGCUGUUUACCUUCAGCAAAUUCCUGAUAGUACCAUCGCACUCAAUCUUAAAGCCUGUAAUCAUUUUCGCCUUUACAAUGGCAGAGCAGCGGAGGCAGAACUCAAAAGCUUGAUGGACAAUGCUUCUUCAUCCUUUGAAUUUGCUAAAGAACUCAUCAGGCACAAUCUGGUUGUUUUCCGAGGAGGUGAAGGGGCUUUGCAGGUUUUACCUCCCCUAGUUGAUGUCAUUCCUGAAGCUAGGCUAAACUUGGUGAUUUACUACCUUCGUCAAGAUGAUGUACAAGAAGCUUAUAACUUAAUUAAGGAUCUGGAACCUACUACUCCUCAGGAGUAUAUUCUCAAAGGAGUGGUCAAUGCAGCCCUUGGCCAGGAAAUGGGUUCAAGGGAUCAUAUGAAAAUUGCCCAGCAGUUCUUCCAGCUGGUGGGAGGAUCAGCUAGCGAAUGUGAUACAAUACCAGGGAGGCAGUGCAUGGCUUCCUGUUUCUUCCUGCUUAAGCAAUUUGAUGAUGUUUUGAUUUACCUCAACUCAUUUAAGAGUUACUUCUAUAAUGAUGACAUCUUUAACUUUAAUUAUGCCCAAGCCAAAGCUGCAACAGGCAAUACUAGUGAGGGUGAAGAGGCGUUCCUCUUGAUCCAAAGUGAGAAGAUGAAAAACGAUUACAUUUACCUCAGCUGGUUAGCUCGGUGCUAUAUUAUGAAUAAGAAACCAAGACUAGCCUGGGAACUUUAUCUUAAGAUGGAAACCUCCGGCGAGUCCUUCAGUCUCUUACAGCUCAUUGCUAAUGACUGCUACAAGAUGGGCCAGUUUUACUAUUCUGCCAAAGCUUUUGAUGUCCUUGAGCGGCUGGAUCCUAAUCCUGAAUAUUGGGAAGGCAAACGGGGUGCCUGUGUGGGCAUUUUCCAGAUGAUCAUAGCUGGGAGAGAACCCAAAGAGACCCUUCAAGAAGUGCUCCAUUUACUAAGAAGCACAGGUAACACCCAGGUAGAAUACAUGAUCCGGAUCAUGAAGAAAUGGGCCAAAGAAAACAGAGUGCCCAUCUAAAAUAGCUCCAGCAUCCUAGGAACCAGCUUCUACUUUGACAUAAAACUGGAAAUCAUUUUCACUCCAGUUUAAUCUGUGAUACAGGGCUCUGUUUUAUUGAUAUUUUCCUUCCUUGCUCUUUAAGCCUCAAGGUCAGAGACUGACUUGCUGAGACCUAGUCUCCUGGCUGAACAGAGUGCCAUAGUCUGUGACCCUGUAUGAUCCUAGUAGCAAUAAGACUUUGGACUUAUCUGGUGCCUUUCUUCCAAAAAUGCUCAGAGUACUUUUAUGCAAUUUACUGACUUUAAGGAAAACAGUAUAACUUUUUUUUUUUUUUUUUUUUUUUUUUUUUUUGAGACGGAGUCUCGCUCUGUCACCCAGGCUGGAGUGCAGUGGCGCGAUCUCGGCUCACUGCAAGCUCCGCCUCCCGGGUUCACGCCAUUCUCCUGCCUCAGCCUCUCCGAGUAGCUGGGACUACAGGCGCCCGCCACCACGCCCGGCUAAUUUUUUUUGUAUUUUUAGUAGAGACGGGGAACUUUUUUUUGUUAGCAUUUUAUGGCAUUGUUUCCUGGCUGCAAUAACAAAUAUCUUUGAUGUUCAAGAAUCAGCAUCAUUGUAUCAUUUAACUUUAAGGCAUCUCUGUACCUUAUCCCAUUUUAUUGGGGAAUUCCAUAAAGGGUUUUAUAACUUCACCUCUGAAUCUUGGGAGAAUAACUAGCUAUGUGAUUCUAAGAAUGGCAGUAAGCUACUUUAUCAAACUGUCCAGUCAUUAAUAGGAUAGAUUUAUGGGAUUACUCUUUCAGUAAUUAAAUUGUUGAUGAUAAUAACAUGUUACAGUGCAGUAAGAUGAGUAUUGCAAUGUUUUAAAAGGUGAGUACUAUGAAAAAAAUUGUAGUACCUCUAAAGGUAUUCAAGAAACAAUGUUUAUGAAUCUCACUAGUCCAUUAUAUUUUGGUACCAUCAUAUUUUCGGUAACAAAGCAGGUUAGGUUUUUGUUCAUGUAUCUCGCUGAACAAACAUCAGUUUUUGUUGUUGUUGUUGUUGUUGUUUUGAGAAGGAGUCUCGCUCCGUCGCCCAGGCUGGAGUGCAGUGGUGCAAUCUCGGCUCACUGCAAGCUCCGCCUCCUGGGUUCACGCCAUUCUCCUGCCUCAGCCUCCUGAGUAGCUGGGACUACAGGUGCCCAUCACCACGCCCGGCUAAUUUUUUGUAUUUUUAGUAGAGACGGGGUUUCACCGUGUUAGCCACGAUGCUCUCCAUCUCCUGACCUCGUGAUCCGCCCGCCUCAGCCUCCCAAAGUGCUGGGAUUACAGGCAUGAGCCACUGCACCUGGCCCAAACAUCAGUUUUGAAAGUAGGGCUACAGUGAUUUAUAUGCAUUGUAGGCACUUAUUAAUGUAACGAUAAUAAAACAUGAAUUAUAUAAAGUCCUUUGAGGGAAUCUCCUAAUGGCUAGGCUGUCUGUUGUAAGUCAUAUUCCAGCCCCAUGUUUCUGAGCUCUUAUAACAUAAACCUGCUAUACAACUGAGCAUUCUUAAGCUCACAACCUAUUUCCAGAAAAGAGACCCACAUCUUUCUAUGUUUUAUACUACCUUUGUUUUUACACCAUAUAGUUUUUUUCUAUUAGUUUAAGGUACCUAGUGUUACAGGUCUAGAAAGUGCAGAGCCAUCCCUACCUAGAAGAGAAUAGAUGGGAAGAGAACUGAAAGAAAGAAUUCCUUAAGCACUGAAGUCAGGAAAAUCCCCGUAGGCACUGUAUUAGUUGUUCCACUUAUCCCAGCACUCCACUUGUGGGUGAAGGAGUUGUAUAGAAAGGAGAUGAGAAAAUGGCAGGAGUGGAAGAAGCCAAGAAGAGAUCAAUGACUGAAGAUCGCCUUCACCUUCAGGACUGUCGCAAGGGGUUAUUUCACCUCUACUCGUGAAGAUGGCCAGUUUUUCUGUCUUUUAUCUUAGACCCAUAUAUAAUCAGUUGAGAGCACAAAUCAAAAUAAACUGGCCUAAAUAACUGAAUUCUAGGAAGCAAAGCUACAUCUUUUUUCAUAUGCCAAAGCUUCUGUUUCCUCAUGUUGUUCCUACUUUUUAAAUAAUAAAUGGCUCUCAGCAUCUUAGGAACUAGGUGGGUCCUAUCUGGGUAGAACCUGCUAUAAUUUUUAGAAUCAUUCUUGUAAUUCUUACCUCACUUAAAAUAUUAGGAAACACAGUAAUAGACAAGACAGGGAGAACUCGUCAGCAGGUUUUGGCAGUGAAAUUUGUCUUCCAGUGAAUUGCUAUUAUUUUCAAAUUGCCUGUAGUCAAAAAUUGCUUUUCCAUUGAUGGAGACUUAUUUCAAAUGAGCUUUUGUUGAGUUCAACACUCUAGAUUCUCUCUGACAUUUUCCUGUCUUUUGGGAAAAAAAAGCAGAUAUUCCAAAAAUGGCAGAAAUCUAAUUUUUGUAAACUUUUUCAUCUAUAGGACUGAGCCAAAAAACAUACAUACUAUUUUAAAGAAAGGUACCAUCUAAUUCUGUUAUUAAAGAUAGCUACUUCUGAAGUGUCUUAACAGAGUUUCGAGAUUGCAAAGUAGUAUUGCACAGCUGGUUUUCUUACAUGUAAUGAUGGAGGAGAGAGGAAGACCCAGACUUAGGCAUGUAGUGAAAUAUGUACAGUUUCUGGCAUUUAUAGUCUAUAGCAUACAUUACUUGCAAAUGGGAAAAGUAUUUUAUAAUUAUUUUUGUACCUCAAAAUAAUUAUUCUACUGUAUUAUAUUCAAAUUAAAGUUUAUUAUUUGGUUCUUA